CGUUAACGCCCCUUGGGAUUGUGGCCCACUUUGAAGCUGUCGGGUUGGGCCAGACUCCAAUGAAUUUACAGAGACCUACCGACCGAGGCAGUGGAGGAAAGUCUGGCGCAGGCGUACGGGUUUAAUUUCCAGAAACAGAACAGUAAAUCUACUGAAAGUGUGAGGAGAGAAGUUCUGGUUUUAGUGUAGCGCCGUUUCUCCUUGGCUUCACCUCUUUCGCUCGUAGAAACCAAUGUGAGAUAGUGAUUUGAGUUGACAAGCCCGCUGCACUACUGUAUCAACCCGCUCCCCCUCCUCCUCCUCCUCCUCUACCGCUCCAAACCAGGAAAUCGUCGAGGUGUGCUCCUUUAUCCCGCUGGUGGCUACCCCGUUCUAGGGUGUAGAUGCGCCUUUUUCGCCGAUUUGUCUCGUUUUUUUCCCACCAACUUAACUUUUAAAGCCGGGCUUCAGCUCUGAAGUCAGCCAAACUUGCCUACGAGGAGCGGAUUUUCACUCUGGCCGAACAAUGAGUGAGUCAAGUAUUUGUCAGGCUCGAGCCACUGUGAUGAUCGGGAAGAAGUGGCUGCCAGCCGGUUCUGGCCCCCAGACCUUCAGCCGAGUCCAGAUCUAUCACAACCCCUCCAACAAUGCCUUCAGGAUAGUAGGACGCAAGAUGCAGACAGACCAGCAGGUGGUUAUAAACUGUCCAAUCACAAAAGGUCUCAAGUAUAACCAAGCCACACCCAAUUUCCACCAGUGGCGGGAUGCCCGGCAAGUGUGGGGGCUUAACUUUGGCACCAAGGAGGAUGCUACUCUAUUUGCCAGUGGCAUGGCUCAUGCGUUGGAGGUGCUCAACUCUAUAGCAGAUGCAGGUUAUGCAACUCUCCCCCGCCAAGUGUCAAAUGGACCGUCUCAAGAAGAGCUUGAUCAACAGCGGAGGUUGGAGCAGCAGAGGUUGGAACCGCAGGAAUGGGAUCCCUGCUCCUCCAGCUCCACCAUUGGCCCUCCUCCACCAGCCCCUCCUCCACCCCCUGCCCCUCCCCCAGCCUCUGGCAUCCCUCCACCUCCGGGUCCACCUCCCUCAGGACCUCCACCAGCUCCACCCCUGCCUGCUGCAGGAGGAGGUGAUGGUAUGGGUGCCGGGGGAGGGGGAGGAGGUGCGGGAUUGGCUGCUGCCCUAGCAGGAGCUAAACUGCGUAAAGUGUCUAAGCAGGAGGAUGCAGCCCCUGCAGCUCCCGCAGCUCCAAUUGGUAGAGCUGACCCCAGCCGUACCAGCACUUCCUCUAUUGGAGGAGGAGGAGGGGGUGGUGGUCUUAUGGGUGAGAUGAGCGCCAUCCUGGCACGAAGGAGAAAAGCUGCAAACAAUGGAGAAAAGCCACCCGUGAAACCACAAGAUAAUGAUGAGUCAGAGCCUCAAGGUCAAGGCGAUACCAUGAGAAGACCUUGGGAGAAACCAUCAAUGAACAGGAAUAACUCCGUCACCAAGAACAUGGACUCCACUCCCUCAUUGUCCCAAGGUUUCAGGGUGAAGCCUGCAGGCAACAGUAAUGAUGCUGGUGGAACAGAUGACUCAGAUUUAGAGAAAAUGAAACAGGAGAUCCUGGAGGAGGUGCGGAAAGAGCUACAAAAAGUUAAGGAGGAAAUUAUUGGAGCCUUUAUUCAGGAGCUGCAAAAGAGAAGCACAUAGUUGUGCUGAGUGUCAGGUGUAACGGAGGGGUGUGACAGACGGAGGUGAUUGAGGUCCGCUGGGAUCCCUCCUCUGCUGUGCCCUCCCAUGUAGCCCAGGGAUUUUUUUUCUCCUACACAUUUUUUGUUUUCUUUCUCUUACACAAACACAUGUGAGGAUAAUUGCUUAUGUGCACAACAUGCAUAUUCACUUCAUGUAAAUGGUAACCCAGGGAAUCAUGUGUGAUCAC